GAAAAAGAAAAGGAAGGAUUAGUAGAGUCCAAAAGCACAGAAGCCAAAAGGAAAAGAGAAGACUUAGGCUUAUUAGGUGAUGAAGAAAGAAAGCCCAAAGUUAAUAGAGCUUUUGGACAAAGAAUUAGCAGAAAUAUAGUAAAAUUGGCAAAGCACAAUAGCCAAUCAAUAAAGAAAAAUCAUGAGAAAGAGAACUGGCUACCCAAAAGCCAAAAGAAAACAAAACCCACAGGGAACCCCGACCCAAUAGCAACAACUCAAUUCACAACAUGCUACAUGGUCAAAGACAACAUACUCAGUACAUUAGAGAAGGUUGAUGCCUUGGUCGAAGAAGAGAUCAUAAAUCAAGCUUUUGAAGACACACAGGCCAUAAAGAAGAUUAGAGAAGUAGCAUCCCAGUUAAGAGGAAGAAGGCGAAUUACGUUUUAUACUGACAGCUUGUUACUUAACCUAGUGGAAGAACCAGAGAAAAGGAAAAUGAGUCUGGGAUAG